ACAUUUCCAACUGGACUGAGUAAGAAGGAGAGGAACAAUGGCAAACGGUGUGUUCUGGGCCAUUGCUGUAGCCCUGAUUCUUGGGGCUGAAGCCGACAUGCCACUUGAUUAUCGAUGUGGUGUACAGCCAAAGUCAAGAGACAAUUGUGGUCCCCCUGGCAUAAGCCCAGAUGAAUGUGUAAUGAAAGGUUGCUGCUUUGAUGACAGCGAUCCAGACAGUAUUUGGUGUUACACUCCAUGGAAAUUGGAAGGCACCGUAUGCAACGCAGCGGAACCAAAGGCCAGAGUAAACUGUGGCUACCCUGGAAUUAGUUCACAGGACUGUGACAGCAAAGGCUGUUGCUUCAAUGACGCCAUUCCCAAUGUUGUGUGGUGUUAUCAGCCUAUCAUAGAAGCAGUGGAACGUGACUGUUCUGCAGUGGAUCCCAAGAAAAGAGUGAACUGUGGACCACCAGGAGUGACCCCAGAUGAAUGUACUAACAAUGGCUGCUGCUUCAGUUCUGAAGUGGAUGGUGUGCCAUGGUGCUUUAAUCCAGAAAUCAAGAAAGAGCUUCUGCAAUGUGCUGUUCUACCAAAAGCAAGGGUAAACUGUGGCUAUCCUGACAUUACAAUGGACCAAUGCAGCAAGAAAGGAUGCUGCUAUGAUUCCAGCGAGCCCGACACAGUCUGGUGCUUCUAUCCAGAUAUUCAGGAUGUUACUAUCAUUGAAUAAGCAUAUCAUCCACAACUUAUCAUGACGGCUCAGUAGUAGAAACUCUCUGCCUCAGCUGAUUAAUGCCACAACUUCCAAUCACCACAGUGCCAGUCUGUUUAAGUCCAGAGUUUUCAUAAACAACUGUGCCUAUCAAACACAAUAAAUAUUACUUAGAAAACUGC